UAUAGAUUAAAAAUGUCAAUGGAAAUGAUGGCAACGGAACGUGUUUGUUAUGUUCACUGCAACUUCUGCAACACCAUUCUAGCGCUAAUUUGGCAACUCUGGUUUUCUCUAAUUUCUUUAAUCGAUCGAGAUUCUGAGAUGAUACAAGAGCCAGGAAUAAAGAAAAAGCGCUUCUGGGUACCCCUCAAAAAGCGAAAUUCAGUGCAGACCUAAUCAGAAUGCAUGUCUCUGUGUGUGUGUAUAUAUAUAUAUAUAUAUAUCCACAUAUAUACAUAUUACAUAAAUGGAUGAAAACUUAACUGUUGGAAAGCAUGCAACAGAAAUACCCCAAUUUAUACAUAAGGUUAACUUAAUUAUCGGGAAAACACUCCAAUCUAUCACUUAAGUGAAUAAAUUCUGUAAAUGGUGUGGUUUUUUGUACCGAGGAUUCCACUAGUAUGUAAUAUUUUAUGAGAAAGUGUAACUGGGUUUUGCUCCCUAACCUCUACCUUGAUAUGAGUGGUGCUAGUUUGGUCAGCGGCAAGAGAUAUAUAUGUAUAUAUAUUUAUAUUAUAUAUGCAGCCAAAGUAAUAGCAGAAAGUUAUGAAAUUAAAUAAUUGAAACCCCUACCCGUACCUAACAACAGAAUUGUGAGAAAUAAAGGAAUUGUGGAAGAAAUUUUGAGAUGCUUAUUAUUAAAAAUGCGUACACAGGCACAGCCUUGAGAUCUAUAUACUAGGGUUAUUCACAGGUAUUAGGGUUCCCCUCUUUUGUUCAACUUUGAAAUAAAUAAUAAUUUGAAGAAUAAACAGCAACAAGUAUAUGAGUAUAUGAUUUCAUUUGGUAUAUGGUAUUUUUUAUUCUUUGUUGGUCUGUGUACUUGUGUGCUAAAUUAACACGGCUCAGAAAAUUAAAUCUGAACACAACAAAUCCAUGUGAUGGUACGCAGUGCAGUUUCUCUCUCCUCAGUCUUUGAUUUGAUCCCUUAAUUGCCUUUCUGUGGCGAUGAGGGUGAAGCAUCAUAUCGUCUUUUAUGAUAUCGUAUAUAUCAUCAAGUUUUUUCACGGUUUCAGCCUUGUUGCUUCCCUUAAGUACAGAGGCAGUGUCCUCUCUUUCUUUCUACAAGAACUUGUAGGGAUUCUGAUAAAUUCAUAUUUCACCACCAGAACAAGCUAUAUCACAUCAUAUCAUAUGCCCCCUUUCUCCUUUUCUUGAGUAUUUCUUGUUACUUUCUUUUCUUUCUCUCCUUUCAUCAUAGCAUGUUGAAAUUAUAAUUACCCCUUUUGAGAAAGCAUUCUCUUGAGAUCUUAUACCAUGGCCUAAAGGGCUAAUCUGCUUCAUCAUGAUACAUCACUCUCCUCUGGUGGCAAGCACUAGUGGUUAACGGUGGUGUAACCCUUCAAGGCCUUGAUGGAUUCCGUUCCAGUCAAGUCGUUUUCACCCUCUCUCUUUCUUCCACACUAUGUGCAACAAUUUCUAUCUUUUAUCAUCUUGCCUUGUAGUGUCAGCAAAAAGUGAUGCGCACCCACAACAAGGGGACAUUGUGAGAGAUUGAGAGUACUGAAUUUUAAAUCGCCCCAUGUCAGGUUCAGAGCGUUGCUGCUAUUAUAUGGAUGUAUUCAAUGUGCCACACCACACCACACUCUCCCCAGCUGGACACUGCACACACACCCUUAAAAUGCUGCAUGGUGUGCUUUGGAAGCACUUUUCUUGGGAAUGUGAAAGCUUCACUUAUCCUAUACAUGUUAGUGUUCCAUACAACAGUUUGCUAACCAUAGUGACGGUUAGAUGUGGACAUUGUGCUAAUUUGCUAUCAGUUAACAUGGGAGCGUCCCUUCAACCAUUUCCUCCUCAAGACCCUCAGUCACAGAAACAGCACAUAAGCUUUGAAGAACCAAGCAGCAAGGAACUGGGAUCCUCGUCUUCAAAAUGUAACAAAAUAGCACCCUUUGAGGCAGUAGAGCAUGAACCACCAAGGAUUCCUCCCAUUCGUCCUACAGAGAAGAGACAUCGUGUGCCUUCUGCUUAUAAUCGAUUCAUUAAGGAGGAAAUCCAAAGGAUUAAGGCUAGUAAUCCAGAUAUCAGCCACAGGGAGGCUUUCAGCUCCGCAGCCAAAAACUGGGCACAUUUCCCUCACAUUCACUUUGGGUUAAAGCUGGAUGGUAACAGUCAAGGAAAGUUGGAGCAGGGAGAAGGAGGUGAAAAGACCAAUGGAUUCUACUGAUAUAAAUGGAAGCCUGUGAGUAUGAGCUUGUUUUUUUCAUGCUUGACCUAAAUCAGUGAAAAUGAGGUUGAUCAAAUUUCCCAAUCGUACAACUGGAUGGGAGACUCCUGCAAAUUAACCUCACCCUCUCUCACCAAUGUUUAAUAGUACAUGUAUUGCCCUUUUCUAUAUAUAUAUAUAUAUCGUUGUUAUGAAAUGAUUGCCAUUCUUGUGAUUGCAUUUAUUGUGUUGAAUUUGAGCCCUUAAGUAAACAACACGUUCCUCUAUAUAUCAUAAUGAUGAUGAUGCUUCUUCACUCAUCAUAAUCUGAAGUGUUUGAGUGUGUUUUAAAUCUCUUUGCUUUCACAUUAAUUUCGAACACGUAAAGAGAAAAGAUUGUUACAUUUAUGUACUGUUUAUCUAAAUGAUUUAUUCUUUUUAUGACAA